GGGUUACCUCACAUUUCAUUUUAACAGACUGCAAAUAGAGUACAGAACACAAAGCAUUGAAUACAUACAAAUAAAUUCCGAAAUUAUGGGUGAAUCGACUAACAAGGACCCCAUGUCCUUUCUUUACAUGAACCUACUGGCAGAUAUUUUAAUGCAGGAAACCGUGGAAUUCGAAAACGAAUUCAGGAUCAAGAUGGAGUUCAUCAGAGACCAGGAGAAGCUCUGCUUCUCGAACGCCAAAAAUCUUGUCUCAGUGGACCAAUUCCUGAGAACUUUAAAUGGCACCCUACUCAAGUUGGAAAUGGAUCUUAAUGAGAACGAGAAUCUACUGAUCCAGGCAGAAGAUACGGUAACCAUAUUGGAGCGCUCCUGCGUCAAUGUCCCAGAACAGAGACAGUGCCGAGUAGACCCUUUGGUCAGAGCCACCUACACUGACCUGCUGAGACUACUCAUGUCCACCGAAAAGUCGGCUGUCCAGUGCAACAGUCUCAGGGAGGAAAUCGAGGCGUACAACAACGAGGUGUCGGGGAAACUCAUGCCAGUUAAUGUGAUUGGCCAGAUCAUGGACUUCCACAAUCGCACUUUGGAUACAAUGGAGAAGCAGAUAAACCUUUUGAACGUCCAAAUCGAGGGAUUAAAGAAAGAAUUUGCAGAGAUGGCUAAGCGCGAAGCAAAGCUUUUACUCGCCGCUUCACUUCCCCACGUCCCUUGCAUUCCAGAGCCAAAGCCCAGGAAACCCUGUCCGAAAAAUCUACGCAUUUAAUCCGACAAAAUAUUCUUUUGAACCAAAAUGCAUACAAUGCUUCAAGUUAAA